AUGUCAGGUUCUCCGCCAAAGCCUUGGGAGCGUUCUGGAGCCGAAGGAACAUCCGGUCCAGCACCUUUCAAGCCCCCAUCUGGUGGAAGCACUGGUGAUGUUGUUGAAGCUUCUGGUACCGCUAAACCCGGCGAAAAUGUUACUGCGACGGAGAGGAAUGUCUCUUCCAAUGUAAAUAGCACUGUUUCGAGGCCUAUGCCACAGCGGCCUUGGCAGCAGACAGGCUAUGGAAACACCUAUGGAGGAUAUGGUGGAUCCAACAUGUAUAAUUCAUAUGGUGGAUUCGGCAACACUUACGGUACCGGUGGACUAUAUGGAAAUAGCAUGUAUUCGAGUCACGGAGGAGGUUAUGGUGGUGGCAUGUAUGGUGGUGGGAUGUAUGGAGGAGGCAUGUAUGGCGGGAUGGGAGGUUAUGGCGGUUACGGCAUGGGCGGAAUGGGUGGCAUGGGUGGUAUGGGCAUGGGUCCAUACGGUAAUCAGGAUCCAAAUUCAAUGGGCCCUCCUGCAUCCCCUCCAGGUUUCUGGGUGUCCUUCCUACGAGUGAUGCAUGGUGUUGUCAAUUUCUUUGGGCGAAUCUCAUUCCUUGUUGAACAGAACACUCAAGCAUCCUAUUUUUUCAUGACAGCAAUGCUGCAGCUCUUCGAUCGGUCUGGUAUGCUCUACGGCGAACUUGCACGGUUUGUGUUGCGUUUGCUAGGAGUCAAAAGAAAGCCAAAGAAGGGCAGUCUUCAGGGACCACAAGCGCAGGCAUUCGAGGGACCUAGCCAACAGUUCAUCGAGGCACCAAAAGCAAACAACUGGGACAACGUCUGGGGAAACUAA